UAGUUUCCCUUCCACUCCCUUCACUGUCAUACUAAGUUCGUCUCUCUAUCAACUGUGCCAAUUUCUUGUCCAACACCUCACAUCUUUUCACUCCUUCAACUUUCCCGCCUUUUCCUUAUCAAUGGCGGAGCGAGGCGGAUUUGGACGAGGUUUCGGCGGCAGAGGUCGCGGCGGAGGUGACCGCGGCCGCGGAGGUCGCCGUCGCGCUGGUCGACGUGAUGAAGAGGAGAAGUGGGUUCCUGUCACUAAGCUAGGGCGCCUCGUAAAAGAAGGUAAGAUCCAGUCCUUGGAGCAGAUUUAUCUCCAUUCUCUCCCCAUAAAGGAGCACCAGAUCAUCGAUACCCUCAUUGGCCCUAGCCUUAAGGACGAGGUUAUGAAGAUUAUGCCAGUCCAGAAGCAGACCCGUGCCGGACAGAGAACUCGUUUCAAGGCUUUCGUCGUUGUCGGCGAUGGUAAUGGCCAUGUGGGUUUGGGAGUAAAGUGUAGUAAGGAAGUUGCCACAGCGAUUCGCGGUUCCAUUAUUUUGGCUAAGUUGUCUGUGAUCCCCGUGAGAAGAGGGUAUUGGGGUAACAAGAUUGGUAAGCCUCACACAGUGCCGUGUAAGGUUACUGGAAAGUGUGGAUCCGUCACUGUCCGGAUGGUUCCGGCGCCACGAGGUGCUGGGAUUGUGGCGGCUCGAGUUCCCAAGAAGGUCUUGCAGUUCGCUGGGAUCGAGGACGUGUUUACAUCUUCUAGGGGAUCGACUAAAACUCUCGGCAACUUUGUUAAGGCAACCUUUGACUGUCUGCUGAAAACUUACGGCUUCUUAACACCUGAAUUUUGGAGGGAAACACGUUUCACAAAAUCCCCAUUCCAAGAGCACACAGAUCUAUUGGCGAAACCUACCGUGAAGGCANACCCUAUGCGUAGGCCAUUUCCCGUUCACGCCUUCCGCAGGCCUCUGAUGAUAGGUGUUACUAAGAACGAUCAUGGAGCUCUCUGUGUUAGCUUCGAUGGUGAAGAAGGAGCAGAGAGAUGUAAUUGGGAAUGCAAUGAAUUGAUGGAAUCAGAGAUGGGUAAUGGGCUGUANUCUUUGACAUAG